UCUAUAUAGUCAUUCUAUCACCCCUUUAAAAUGAGAAUAUGUGAGUGUCCUACCCCCAGUGACCACGUGGUGACGGUAGAGCUCCAAACACCGCCGAUAAUCCUCAGAGAAGAAGAACGGAGACACCGCAAGAUCAGCUGAGUGGUUUUUGUCUCGAGAUCCAAAACUAUCUUCAAAUCUUCACACAAACUUUUAUCAAACUUCCAGAACCAGAAGAUUUUAGCGGGGUUUCCUCGGAGAGAGAGCCGGGACGAAGCAGCGGAACUCGAGGUCCAGAGGAGACUGGUCCAACAUGGACGCCCAGCAAGGAUCUCAGGGACUCUCUGGUGGACAUGUACACAGCUAAUCCCAGAGUGAACGUGGAGCUGCGACAGCGUCUGCCCCCACCGGCAACACAGCAACCCAGCAACUCAACCCAGCAACCCAGCAACUCAACCCAGCAACCCAUCAACUCAACACAGCAACCCAUCAACUCAACCCAGCAGCCCAGCAACUCAACCCAGCAACCCAGCAACUCAACCCAGCAGCCCAGCAACUCAACCCAGCUACCCAGCAACUCAACACAGCAACCCAUCAACUCAACACAGCAACCCAUCAACUCAACCCAGCAGCCCAGCAACUCAACCCAGCAGCCCAGCAACUCAACCCAGCUACCCAGCAACUCAACACAGCAACCCAUCAACUCAACACAGCAACCCAUCAACUCAACACACCAACCCAGCAACUCAACACACCAACCCAGCAACUCAACACAGCAACCUCGGGGUGCAGGGCGGAUGGAUGUGGAUGUCUCCCCCAGCCGAGGCCCCUCUCCCUGGGCAGAGGUGUGCGGAGACGUCCCUGGUGUUUCUGGGAGUCACCUGGUCAGCUCUCAUCAGGAAGUCGUGUUUGGACCAAUCACAGCGUCCGGUCGAGUUGAGACUUUUGAUCAAGACAAAAACGUCUCGUUUUUACUGAAGGAGCUUGAUAAUCUGAGAGAGAUCAACAAGAAGCUGCAGGAGGACCUGGUCCAGAAAGAGAUGGAGCUGCAGAGGAGAGAGGGGGAGGAGGAGCUGAGGGGGGAGAGGAGGGAGGCCCACCACUGGGAGAGACCUGAAGCGGUGUUGGGUGAGCUGUUGGCGGCUCAGAAGGACAGAGAUCAGGCUUUGAUGUCACGACUCCUGCUGGCCAAUGAGGAGAGAGACGAGGCUCUGCUCCGCGUACGUCAAAUGCAGCAGGCGGCCGAGUUGGAGAGUUUUCCCCUGGAGGACGCCGACAUGGACGUGAGCGAGCUGCUGCAGCGUGUCUGUGGCGCCGACUCGGUCCGGGACGUCCAGCAGUUCGGCUCGGUUCUGGUGCAGCGCCUACGCUCGGCGCUGCAGCGGAGGAGUGACAUCACCGCACAGGAGAUGAAGGCCGUGAUGGAGGAGAGAGAUGGCUCCGUCACCAAGUGUAAACGUCUCGAACAGGAAGUGAUGCGGGAGAGAGAGCAGAGGGCGAGCGAGAUGGAGCUGCUGAGGCUUCAGAGAGAAAGGGGCGGAGCCAUGGAGGGCCGACGGUGGCUGGAGGCGGAACUACAGCUGCUACGAGCCAAUCACAGUGGCAGCGUCUCUCCAGCAGCUUCGUUAGCGGUCGCUAAUCAGACGCCCCUCCAUGCUCCGCCCCCUGAGACUCCGCCCCUUCGUGCAGCGCCCCCUGAGACUCCGCCCCUUCGUGCAGCACCCCCUGAGAUUCCGCCCCUGCAGGAACAAGUACAGCAGCUGUGGAAGGAGAAGCAGAGCGUGGAGGCGGAGCUUCAGCGCUGCCAGGAGGCGGAGCGAGAGGCCAGCGAAAGAGUCCGCAGGUUGGAGCGUCUGGUGGAGGUUUUGAGGAAGAAAGUCGGGACAGGAAGUCUCCGUGCCGUCAUCUGAUCAGUUUGAUUGUUUCAUAAUGAUUUUACUCUUUAUAUUUAACAUUUAUUAUGUUUCUUCUUCCUCCUUUCUCUAAAAGUCUCUUUAAUAAAUCUGUAAAGUUUCUGUGUUCAGGUGUAAUUAUGUAACAUUUCUAAUAACAUGUUUCAGAUGUUUCUGAUUAAUAAAGGGUUAUUAAAUAUU